AGUAGGCUUUAGUUGUAGAAAUGGCAGCGCUGAGACAGGAGCGUCGCUACGGGCUCUCCUGCGGCAAAAUCAACAAAAACAUCCCCAACAGAAGUCUUUAUCACGUCAAACUCACUGACACCGCCAUCCGGACCCUCGAAGCCUUCCAGAACCUUAAGGCAUCACUACCCAAUCGGCCGUCCAUUUGCUUCAAGGAAAGCCAGGGGUAUAUCAAGAUCCCUACUCCAACUUCAGAAUCUCCCGGUGGAUUCCGAGUUUUCUCCUUCUACCUAUCCAGCGACAGCAAGGACAAGCCUCAGUCCAGCUUCGACUGUAUUCAUCAGUAUGUUUCAGGAGAGGGCAGGGAUCAGCUGGAGGGUCAGGGCAGCAUUCAGGACAAGAUCACAGUUUGUGCCACCGAUGACUCCUACCAGGCAACACGGGAGCGCAUGUCCCAGGUGGAGAAGGACAUCUGGAGCCGGUCAGCCAUCGAGAUAAAACCAGGGCCAAGUAAGUGUGUGAAGGUCCAGAGGAAGCAGGGUCUGGUUUCAGGCUCAGAUAGCAGCAGCAGCAGCAGUAGCAGCAGCAACAAGCACUCCCCCAGCAAUAAGAGGAGCCUAGUUCCCAGCCCUGUGGCACACAGGGCUUUAAGGGACCGAGUCAUCCAUCUCCUGGCCUUAAAACCUUACAGGAAACCUGAGCUGCUACUGUGGUUGGAAAGGGAACGGGCUAGUCCAAAAGACAAGGCUGACCUGACCUCAGUGCUGGAUGAGGUUGGCAAGCAGAGCCUGAAAGAUCACAGCUUUUCUCUGAAGGAGGAGCUCUACAGACAUGUCCAGAGAGACUGGCCUGGUUAUCUCGAGGAGGAGAAACAGCUCAUACACAGGCUUCUGAUCAGGAAGCUUCAACCACUCCACACUAGUUGCCAGUUGAAAAGUCCCCAAGCCAACCAGUCAUUCCACAAAACUACCGGGGACUCUCCUUCACAACUCAGCCCUGCCAAGACGCUCUCUGCGAAACGCCCUGUGCCUUUGGAUCCCUCCAACUGCCAGACCCCCAAAAAACAAAGAUUAAUAGACCCUUGCUUGCCUCGGCAGUCUCCAUCUCAGGGAGACUGCGGCGCCAACGGGACGUCCCAAAGCUCCUCCAGCCACACCGCUGCUGGCGUGCACAUCAAAACAGAGCAAACCAACAAUCAUCUCCAGGCGCGUCUUAACGGUCUGCAAUCGCCGCUGAAACUGAACGCAUCGUCUACAACUACUACUGCGACUACGACGACUACUACUACUCCCAAAGUGGAGAGGACCGCGCCGGCGUCCACUGCACUUAGCCCCAAGUCCCCAUGCUUGAACACAAAGGUUUGCACUGACGAGCAAAUGCACAAUGGCCAGCAUAAAAAGAAGAAGUCCAAAAAGCACAAAGAGAAGGAGCGGGAGCGCUUAAAACCAGAGUGGAUCGAAACCAGCCCAGACCUGAAGAAGAACAAGGAAAAUCUCAAAGAGCACGAAGGAGAGAAAACGCGAGCGAGUCCAAGCACAGCAGAUGACCUGCCGGACUAUUUAUUAAAAUACUGCACAAUAUCAGCAAUGGAGCAGCGCGAGCAGUACAAGGACGACUUCUGCUCCGAGUACGACGAGUACAGAGCUCUUCACGACCGCAUCAGAGCCAUCACAGAGAUGUUUGUCCAGUUAGGCUCAAAGAUCAACUCGCUCUCGCCGGGGACGCAGGAGUACAAGCUCAUGGAGGAACAGAUACUACAAAAGUACCGGAGAUAUAAGAAAAGGUUUCCUGGCUACCGGGAAGAAAAGAAGCGUUGCGAGUACCUCCAUCAGAAACUGUCACAUAUCAAAGGUCUGAUCUCAGACUACGACCGAGCACGGGAACUCUCUUAGUGCCAACGGCCGCUACUAACAGGGUUGCAAAAGAGACUGGACCAAAAAGACUGGCAGUGGACCAAAAGACGCUAAAACAACAUUCACUUUAGUCCUCUGUGAGAUGAUGGAAUCAAGGAGCGACUUCUCAACAAAAGUUCAAGGUGAUGGUUUUAGUGCUGGAACAAAAUGUCCUGCUGUGAACUGGGCAGAUGUGCAAGUGAAAGCCAAAUCUUUUCUCUUUUGAUCCUUCCUGCCGAAAAGCGUUUUUAUUCUCUUUUUUCAAAUGAAGUAUUAAAUUGAUGGUACAAUCAGUCUUAAGGGGGGAAACAAAAGCUACUAGUCGAGUCUUAACCGACACAUUCAGUCACUUUAUUAACUAACUUCAAGAAAACACAACCUCGUAUUUAAUUGCCGUACAUUUCACUGGGGCUCCUAAACAAUGUUUUUAUCUCACCAGCAUCUCUCGAUCAGUGGCUCUCAACCUUUCUACACCCUGCAAAGACACAUUUGACAGGUCAUUCCCAUAUGGGGUCGCGGGGGCAGCAGCCUAAGCAGAAAAGGCCAGACUUCCCUCUCCUUAGCUGCUUUGUCCAGCCCCUUCCGGGGGAAUCCCGAGGCGUUAACACUUCCAAUACUGCAUAUCUAUUUAUUUCUUGCAUGAUUUGAGAAUCUUGGUGGUUAUUAUAAUAUUGAAUUAAUAUUUUUUAAAUGAGACGACUACCACUAUCCCCGGCAAAAAGCAUAUUUGAAACAGAGCACUUUUGCGUUAGUAACUUUUUUAUUACGCUCAAAACAUUCAUCUAUAGCGAUUGUGCUUGAAACAACAUACAAUUACUUCAAUUGUGAACAAAAAAAAGCUAUUAAAAUGUAUAAAAUAAUUAUUAGAGUGGCCUCUAUUGGAAUUAUGAUAAAUGUGUUCUUUAAUGCAGAUUCAAAGGAAUUUAUAAACUUUAUUUUGAUGUUACCAAUAAAUAUUAUGACCAUUUCUGUACUUCUGUACGUUCAUAUUUUUUUCUUAAGGAGGUACACAUACAAAAUAAGCAGGGGAUCAAAUAUUUUCCCCAUCAAAUCUAUAGUUUCACUAAAUUAGAAUACCGUACAUCUGAUUUCAGGAACUCAAUUCUGCGCAGACCACUAGUUUAGAAAUAUUCUACUUUUUUUAGCUGUAAUUAGGUAUAAGUACCGAAUUCAGUACUUUUAUAGGUACUACCGGGUACAGAUUCCCGUAAAAUCAAACGGUACCAUAUUUCAAUAAUUUUGUUGCACCUAUCGUCACUUACGGUUGCAGACAAGCACUUGGCGGCCAAACAGGCAUAUUCAUAUUCAUAUUCAUUAGUCUCUAGGUAACGUUGCAGUGUUGUAUGCCUGCUAGAAAGUGCUUAAAAGCAAGUGUUCACUUUUCAAAAUGCCCAAGCUCAAUGCUAAUUUAUAUUGGAUAUACACUGAGUAGCAUUAGCAAUUUUACAUGGCAAUUUCAUUACGUCCAAAUUUUUUAAAGAAAACUACAACUAAGAUGCAGGUUACAAUCAAACAGCUGGUGUGUAAUAAGCACAGUACCUACAGAAGGGGUCACCAACCUUUUUGAAACCAAGAGCUACUUCUUGGGUACUGAUUAAUGUGAAGGGCUACCAGUUUGAUACACACUUAAAUAAAUUGCCAGAAAUAGUCAAUUUGCUCAAUUUACCCUUUAACUCUGUUAUUAUUAUUAAUAAUUAAUGAUAUUUAUCUUUGUGGAAACACUGAUCAUCUUAAUGAUUUCUCACAAUAAAUAUUUAUUUUUGAUGACAUGUUUUAAAUAGGUUAAAAUCCAAUCUGCACUUUGUUAGAAUAUAUAUAACAAAUUGGACCAAGCAAUAUAUUUCUAACAAAGACAAAUCAUUAUUUCUCUAAGAUUUUCCAGAACAAAAGUUUUAAAAGAAAUUCAAAAGACUUUGAAAUAAGAUUUAAAUUUGAUUGUACAGAUUUUCUAGAUUUGCCAGAAUAAUGUUUUUGAAUUUUAACAAUAAGUUUGAAGAAAUAUUUCACAAAUAGUCUCUGUCGAAAAAACAGAAGCUAAAAUGAAGAAUGAAAUUAAAAUGUAUUUAUUGUUCUUUACAAUAAAAAAAUUAAUUUACUUGAACAUUGAUUUAAAUUGUCAGGGAAGAAGAGGAAGGAAUUUAAAAGGUAAAAAGGGUAUAUGUGUUUAAAAAUCCUAAAAUGAUUUUAAAGGUUGUAUUUUUUCUCUAAAAUUGUCUUUCUGAAAGUUAUAAGAAGCAAAGUAAAAAAAUUAAUGAAUUUAUUUAAACAAGUGAAGACCAAAUCUUCAAAAUAUUUUCUUGGAUUUUCACAUUCUAUUUGAGUUUUGUCUCUCUUAGAAUUAAAAAUUUCAAGCAAAGCGAGACCAGCUUGCUAGUAAAUAAAUACAAUUUAAAAAAUAGAGGCAGGUCACUGGUAAGUGCUGCUAUUUGAGCUAUUUUUAGAACAGGCCAGCGGGCUACUCAUCUGGUCUUUACAGGCUACCUGGUGCCCAUGGGCACCGCGUUGGUGACCCCUGACCUAGAGUAUUCGUAGUACACGACACGAGACAAGACUGGCACAUUCAACUUUAUGGCAAAGACUACUUCCUGACAACACAACUGAGACCAACUGAAAUGAAUGCAUUUUUGCAAAUGAGACUCCGAAGUAUAAGAAAACAUGAAAUAAUGACGCGGUCCGUUUACCUCGGAAGUCGGAGCUGAGUUGUGAGCGUUCCAGUUACAAGGUCGGAAAUCAAGACGGUCACAUCCACUAAAGCUAUUCUUGCACUUGCCUUGUCCCAAGUAUAAACAACUUGUGGGAAAAUAUUCACUUUCUGCAACCUUCAGACGCUAUUGCUCGCGAUUAAGUACGUACUGUAUAUACCACGGUUUGUUUGUUUUUUACACUACAGUAACAUCACGAUGUAAAUGUUCAACGAUAAAUCAUAUAUGGCUGAUUUAGUGCGACAAAACCUGGUUAGAAGUGCUAAUAACAGAUAUUAUAGAAGCUUAAAUUAUUGUUUACAUUCAGAGUAGCCAUCUUUGAAGGCAAGUGGUGAGAAUGCACUGACUUGCCUAAAGCAGCAGUAGAGUUGACAAACAAGUUGACUUUUUUGCUUAGUGUUCAAAUGUAUCCAUUAAACCAUAUCAAUUGUAAUUGCAGUCUGCAAAGUAUGUGAAAAUACAGUAUAAACAUCACAAAAUGCCACAUAUUCAGUCAGCCGCUCUGAACUAUUGCUGUCACAGUAGAAACACUUCAGUAACGCUUCUGCACUCUGACCAGUCAAAAUGGAAAUACUAAAAAAUUAAAGAGAGAUGUGCUGUUUAUCAUUCACAAUCCUCUGUAUAUAUGUAUAAUUGUAAGCGCAAAUACGGACAAAGCGUCAAAUUGAUAACACAGCUAAGUAGACCUCUGGACGAUGGGAGGAUUCAGCCAUUAAUCUAGAAAUUGUUCAUCUGUGACAUUCAAUUUAUAACCUGAGACAAAGGCAACUGAAGACAUUAACCUUGUUAACCCUUUGUGUGCAUGAUUAAUUCUUCAUUUAAACGGAAAGACAUGGACACCCUAUUGGUCGUCAUCAAAGUGAGAGCAGACAUUGUACAGUAAGAUAUAAUUUUAUUGUUUGUAUUUCUUCUUUAGCACUUAGCAAUACUGCUACAUGAUGCUUAGUUUUUCACCAAAGAUGGAUCCGCUUAGCAGUGUUUGGAAAACUCGUAGCUCAUUCUUCUUAUAUUCAGGAUCAAAAAUAUAAGGUUCUUUAUCAACAUUUUACACAAAGUUAUCGUUCUUACAAAGUGCUCUUGGUAACAUAUUAUCCCUCAAAAUGGCUCGGGAAUCUCUGUGGGGUUGAUACUAUUUUGAUCAUAUCUAUUUAUUCACAAACUUUGCAAGUCUUCCGGUGUCAUACAUCAGAUAUGUACGAUAAUACUGUAGUUUCAAUAUAAAGACAACUUGUUUUUCCAUUCUACUGGUACUUUAAAAUGUCCGACGAGGAACUGAAAAAUUCACAUUUCUUAGUACAAAUGGAACGCACAGUUUGCAUUAUCCGUAUUUUGGAAAUCCCAAUUACACCAAGGGGUACUGGUACUUACCUGUUGAGAACCACUGAUCUAGAAGACUAUAUUGUGAGUUUAUUAGAGGGAAUAUUAUCACGAUCAUUUCCGGUUUCUGGGUGUCACCCACGCCUAGCCUACCAUGAACUGCCUUUUUAAAAACAAUCAUUUGAACGACGAACACAACUUCUCUCCUGUCUGCUGCUAACACCAUGUUUGUUUACCAGUACAAAGCACACAAUGUUUUUGUCGUUAAACAGGCUCACUUAUUUGCCAUUUUUGCGUCGGAGGAAAGCGUGAGAGCGCUGAAUGUGACGACUUGUUACACGUACUUUGUUUUAGCUCUAGCCGAGGUUCAAGGUUAAACCCCGGUGUGGAAUAAUUGGGUGUAAGGAACAGAGUGACCUCUGGGGGGGUGCCAAAAGCCAACAAGCGCUAGUGUUGCUGAUGCUCAGGUAGGACAUCUUCAAAACAAUGUGGGAUGAGAUUGUGAUGCUUUCAAUUGGAUGGGAAAAGUGAAGCUAAUUAUUGCCUUAACGUGCAUGUCAGACAUUUACACACAUCUGGCAUCUUUGUGCUGAACCCUGCCCGAGUUUUCUGAGACUUCAUGUUUAUUUAUUUACUGGAUACUAGUCUUAUUCUAUCGGUGCAGUUUUUUUCCUGUAUGUGUUAAUGUUGUUUUUUGUUGUUUUGACUUAAUAUUCCGAACAGCAUUAUCCAAUCCUGUCGAGACAAAUCAUUACUGCAGCAUUGUGCUCUUUUGUUGUCGUUUAAUUACAGGAAUACACCUAACAGACUUACUGCAUACAUACAGUCUCGCGAGACAAUUUGUUGGAUUUGCAUUCCGGGUUGUUUGAAGAAUGUGGGACUUGUGUCUACGCACACAUGAGAAGAAAAAAUAUUUAUUAGCACUGAUAAUUGUUUUUAAUCCAGAUUUUAUUGAAAUGUUUUGCUCCGCUGUGGUACUUUAAAGAGCGUAUAAUUGGACACAAUAAGUUCACCAAAACCAAACAAAAUGGAACUUAAAAUUUCUUUUAUGCAAUUAUAAGUGUCUACAAAACAGGCCUGAUAAGGCUUUUUCACCAAUCACGGAAGGAUUAAUUACAAAUUAUAUUAAUAUAAUAAAGUGUAGAUUACCAAGUAAUCAUUAAUAGAAUCAAAUAUGUUGGUUAUUUUUUCUACAGCAGUGAUUCUCAAACUAUUUCAGAGUUGGUCCAAACAUGGCAUCCUGUAGUCACCUGAGGGGCUUUUGACCAAUCGUUUAAGAGAUUGGUCAAAAGUAACUUCCAUGACUACAGAGCGCCACGUUUGGGACCAACUCUGAAACCGAGAUGUCCAUACCAUACUCUCUGCACAGCUCUCCCGUCCAAAGGCAAAACCCAGUAACUAAAUUCUGGUCAAAACUGAGCUGAUAAUAAUUUUGGAGAUCCUCGGUGAUAUGCUUUACAUUAGUGUAUGCGAUAUUGUAAUUUGAUCCGUAAGUAAGCUGUUACGCGCAUGGCAGGACCUAGCAACUACCACAUAACUGCGCAGAUACAACAGAAAAACCUAGUAUCUCAAGGGACCAAUCGGAGCUUCUUUGUCAGUCGCCUUAUUGUCUUUAAUGAGACAUUUGCACGAAUGGGGGCCGACGGUCAACCUGAUUAUGUGAUAUUAUGGCACGAGGGGAUAUUUGGAAGAUUGGCCCAGGACGUUGCAAGCACCUUCAUUAAAUGUAUUGUUGUUGAUUCUUCCCCUUGCAUACUCUUUUGGGCAGAUAACUGUGGAGGUCAAAAUAAAAACUGGACGCUGUACACGGCUCUUGCCCAAUGUGCAAACGCAGAAUGGGGCCCACCCGAGAUUGUGAUAAAAUAUCUGGAGAAAGGGCACACGUUCAUGAGAGCAGAUUCAAUCCAUGGCUCAAUCGGCAAGAAAACGAAAGCUCGAGAAAACAUCUAUACGUUUGAUGACUUUGUAGAUCUUUGUAAGACAGCAUCAAGAUAGAUUGGUUUUCCUUUGUUUUCUCAAAAUCAGCUAGAAGUGAGUUACUAGGUUUUGCCUUUGGAGGGAGAGCUCUGUUCAAACUGGUGUGCAGGCUCCAUCUAGUGGUACGCCAAAUUAACACUUAAUUAAAUAUUCCAACACAGUGUUACUGUUCAAACUGGUGUGCAGGCUCCAUCUAGUGGUACGCCAAAUUAACACUUAAUUAAAUAUUCCAACACAGUGUUACUGUUCAAACUGGUGUGCAGGCUCCAUCUAGUGGUACGCCAAAUAAACACGUAAUUAAAUAUUCCAACACAGUGUUACUGUUCAAACUGGUGUGCAGGCUCUAUCUAGUGGCACGCCAAAUAAACACUUAAUUAAUAUUCCAACACAGUGUUACUGUUCAAACUGUCUGUAAUGUUACAGUGGCCAAAAAUAUUAAAUAAACCCUCUGCCUUGUUUUUGAUAAAUACUUUGGCCUGCUACGCUACUGUAUUUUAAAAUUGGUCAAUGUGAAUUGGAGAGUGUUUUUUAAGGUGGUUCUUGGUGAUAAACGUUUGAGAAGCACCUGCCCUUGAGCAGCAAAAUACAAGUGUUGCCUUUUCAUGGACACAGAUUUGAAGCAAACGUGUAUGUAGUUUCACACUGUUGCCACCACUGAAAGUGCUAUGUUGUGUCAUCUAAUUAAUGCCUUGUGAAAUGCAAUAAAAACAACAUCACAGUUAUACUGAUAAAAAGCCUUCUGACAUUUAAAAAAUGUGUUCUAGUGAGUUCGCCAUUUGCAUGAUUAGAAACAUCGCCUGAGUUGUAUUAGUUCUGCUGAGUAGGCGCUAUUAGUUUUCUCUGUCCACGUUGGUUACAGGUGUGCCUUGCUGGUGCAGGAACAACACGGUCACGAAGGAAUGUGAAAUAAAACAUUGUCUUAACAGAACAUUACAACAAUGUACCGAGGAGAACAAAUGUAUUUAUUGAUUUCUUUUUUUUGUUGUUCUUUUACGGGAUUUGUCAUCAAUAAAACCUUAACACGCGAACAGUACGACGAAAGGGAAUAUAUUUUUGCAACGCUGAUGCAAAUGUCAUCUUUGUGAGGACAAAAAGGAAAAUGUAUUGUCUCGUAAAAUGAAAAUUUGCUAUUAAAGCUAUUUUCAGUUUGA